AUGGCAAAACAAACCACGUCUAAUCCAGUCCAUCAAAUUACCAUAGGUCAAGAAAACUCAAACGACCAAAAGAUAAUAUUCGAAUGUAGAAAACAAAAGUCAUUGACUUAUCCUAUUUCAUUCUCUGCGAAGCAAAUGAAAAUGGGUAGAAAUAUAUUACAUUCAUCACCUCCUGCUAUUUCAAUUAAAAGCUUAACUCCUUCUUCAAUGGAUUUCAAAGAAAAUAUGGAUCAAUUUGAAAAGUCAAACACAGAGCUUCUUUCUAAAGUACGAAAGGACAGCAUUAUAAAUAAUUCAAUUAUUUGUUCAGCAAAAAGAAGAUCAGAUUGUGAUAUAGAAGAAGAGAGAACACAAAUUAAAAAAUUCAAAACAUCAAGUUUAAUCGAUCCUUCACCAUUAAUAAACACGAUAUUUUCCAGUAAGGAUGAUAUUAAAAUGGUAACAGAAUAUGCUGAUGACAUUUUUGAAUACUUACGUGAACGUGAAACUGAUAAUUUACCAACUCAUAAUUAUUUAAUAGAUGAAACAUCUGAAUAUCAUGUCCGUCCGGCAAUGAGAGCUGUUCUUAUAGAUUGGUUAGUAGAAGUUCAUCAUAAAUUCCAAUAUACUACUGAAACAUUACUAUUAGCUAUAAACAUGAUGGAUAGAUUCCUUUCACAAAACAAAGUUACUGUCAAUAAACUUCAAUUAUUGGCAAUCACAUCAUUAUUCGUGGCGGCUAAAUUUGAAGAAGUUAAAUUGCCUAAGAUAACUGAUUAUGCAUAUUUAACUGAUGGUGCAGCCUCUAAAGAAGAUAUCAAGCAAGCUGAAAUGUACCUAUUUAAGUGCUUGAAUUUUGAUAUCAGUUCAGCAAAUGCAGUCAACUUCAUGAGAAGAUGUUCUAAAAAUGUUUCACAUGAUCCUGAACUAGAGAGAAUGGGAAAAUUCUUAGUUGAAUUAGCUACAUGUUCACCAAGAUUUAUUGACGUCAAACCAUCAUUAACUGGUGGUAUGUCAAUGUAUAUUGCACGUAAAGUUCAUUCUGAGGAAAAUCCUAUGGAUUUUGAAAAUGUACCAAGUCUAAAUAACAAUGUUGAUUCCAUAAAGGAUGCGACAUUUAAAAAUUUAUGCCAAGAGUUAAUCAAUGAAGUAGUUUCACCAACAACCCAAGUAAAUUCAUUAAUUAAUAAAUUCAAACUUCAAAGUAACAAUGAAGUUUAUUCCAAAGUUUAUUCCUGGUGCAAAAAUCAAGUUUCUAACAAAUUUAAUAAUCUAUUUUAA